AUGAAAGACGCGCACCAUGCAACACACCUUCCCACGUGGCACGAAAAUCCUGCAAAGGCGCGCCUCCUGGAAUGUGCCUUCCCAAGUGGCUCCAAUUCAGUUGAAAAGUGUCCCCUGCAACGCGCCUUAUUUCCAACUCAACAAGGCGCGUUCAUGCAACGAGCCUCCCCCUAUUUUGUCAGAAAAGGUGUUAGUUUGUGCUUUAACUACACGAGGAUGCUUGCUGUCGAAGACACGUACGAUAAAAUGGAAGCUCUUUUGAACCAAAACAUCCACCCAGUAGACAUCUUAUUAAUGUUGGCUGCAUCGAAAGGCGACAAGCCGAAAAUCGAAGAGCUAUUGAGAGCUGGAGCUAAGUAUGAUGUCAAGGAUGCAGAUGAAUGUACUGCCCUUGAUAGGGCUGUCGAUGAAUAA